GUCAUCAUCUGAAAUAAUACAUCAGGAAAAUCACGAGAGAGAGAGAGAGAGAGAGUGAGAGAGAGAGGGGGGGAGAGAGAGAGAUAGAAAGAGAGAGAUCACGAACGGAUGCGUUGCUCACCGCACAACGGUGAUGCCGUCGACGCGAACCUGGCACGCGCUCCAUUGGCUUCCUUUGGGUUUGAUUACGAACGAACGGACCGUUUCGUUUUAAUGGGCCGCGUCGACAGAGCACGAGGGUGACGCGGCUGAAAGUCUAAACUGGAGCAGCAGGAGAUUUCUUUUUCUCCCUUGGUAUCAGCCGUGUCGCCUGGGGGACGUUUCCAGGGAUACCGGGUCAGAGAUAACACUAGGCUACGCUAGGAACGCACAAUCACUUGUGUUCUUGAGAGGAAGUUGUAGGCUUACCUAGUUAUGGAGGAUAGUAUGAGUGUAAAGUCCAUGGAAUCAGUGGCGACAAGCGAUGAAUAUGAAUUUGUGAAUGAAAAAGGUACUAGCAAGCAGCAGCAAGCCCUCUUAGAACCACCUAUGCUAAAAAUUGCCAAUAACGGUAAUCUGGAAGAUCUGCAAAAUAAUCUCCGUGAGAUUUUGACAGAGGACUCGAAGAUGGAAGGAAGUGAGUUCAAAGUGACGAGUGUCAGUCAACAAAAUCAAGAGAAGACGAAGAAAGUAGGCCACAGUAAAUUCUAUGAUGUUAGUUGUGUUGUUUCAUCGGAGAAGCAAGAUAUUAUGAAACCAGAAGAUUAUCUUGAGGAAGAAUUAAACACAUUGUCGCACGUUCAACAAGAAUGCACUAUUUUCAAUGGUGUUACAUAUCUGGGAGCAGCUGCUAUAAAUGCACCAAAAUCAGAAAGUGAAAUCCAACGUAAUAUGAGUAUAUUAAAUGCAGAGCAGUCCUUGACUUUAGGAAUAAGAGUUUCCGUUUCGGUGCCGAACAGUUCUCAAGGUUCAGUUAUUUUAUAUGAUGCAGCAACACAACAAGCUAUUGCACGUUAUGAAGUGCAACGUAUUCUGUUUUAUGCACGUGGUGAGAGUACUGGUUCAUGUGCAGCAUGUUUUGCUUUUACAUGGUCACACGGUGAUACUUUAGAAUCUGCUAUUUAUCAAUGUCAUGUUUUCCGCUGUGAUAUACCAGAAGCGGUCGGACAAGUAUCAGCCUGCUUUUCAAAAGCAUUCCACAGAAUACCACGUUCAAUGACAAGUUCUUUAACAGGCAGUGACUUUAAUGGUUUCAAUGUUGGUGAAAAAGUUAAUUCUAGAGUAUUUAUUUUUGAAGUCACUAUGGAAAUAAAAGAAGAAGAUGGAAAAGGUGGUUUUAGUACAGUCCCUAAGGAUAGAAAUUGUUUUAAAUUACGAAGCAAUGUGGCAAAACAAGUUUGUUUGAAUAUCCAGCAAGUGUCUAGUAAAGAAGGUGGCAUUACGCUUGAAGUCGAGAGAUGUUUCGGAGUUCUUGUUAGUCCUGGGCGAAAUGUUAAACACAGUGAUAUGCGACUACUCGAGAUGGUAAAAAGAGAUUCACACCAGCAAGUUAAUUUUAUGUCUAUAAUCAGCUCAGAUGUUCGCAAUAUUACAACAAUUUUGCAGCAAGUUAAUACUGGACCAAUAAUGCAAGACAAACAGUGUUACAAUAUUUGUGGACGUUGGGAUCCUGCGGAUCCCGCUUUGGAGACACUUAAUAUAGAAACUCCUAGAGAGGGUAAAACUUUCAUGACUAUUGCCGUCGAUCUGGUUAUUAGAGAUAUUCGAGAGCCAGUAAGAUUUGUGAUAGAAACAUCAGUUAAAGUGUUUCCGCAAAACGAGAGAUUUUGGUAUUUUAAUAAAAGGAAUCUUGUGCAACAAUUUUAUCUUAAUUCGAAAGAGGUAAUUUCUGGAGAUGGUACAGAGAUACAUUAUGAAGUACAAAGUAUAGAAACAUCUGGUGAAUUAGAUAGAAACAGAUUAAAUCUUGCUCUGAAUCUGGCAUCUUUAAUUAGAUCGCCUUCUUUAACUAGUAUUGAUACACUUACACCUAAAGAAGAAAUAGAUUCAGAUGGGGAUGAACCUAUGUUAAGUGGUACAGGCGAAGUUUCGAAGGAUUGCUCGGCAGAUGAAUUGGCUAGUUGGGCUGAAGUUUUAGAUAGUUGGCAAGUUAACGAGCAACGUCCAAAACUUCUUAUAAAACUGACAAAACAAGGAAUUCCUGAAGCUUUACGCGGUGAAGUUUGGCAACGUCUGAGUAACUGUGACAAUUCACAAGAGAUGAUGGACAAAUAUAGAAUGUUAAUUACGAAAGAGAGCAGCUGUGAGAGCGUAAUUUUAAGGGAUAUUAAUAGAACAUUUCCAGCCCAUGACUUCUUUAAAGAAACAGGUGGUUUAGGACAAGACUCUUUAUAUAGAAUAAGUAAAGCAUAUGCUGUUCACGAUGAAGAAGUUGGGUAUUGUCAGGGCCUCAGUUUCUUAGUUGCUAGUCUGUUACUCCAUAUGCCCGAAGAACAAGCAUUCUGUGUUCUGGUUAAAUUAAUGUACGACUAUGGUCUUCGAGAUUUAUACAAGGAUAGAUUUGACAACCUUUACAUGCGAUUUUAUCAACUAAAUCGUUUAAUAGAAGAUCAAUUACCGGAACUUUAUAAGCAUUUCUGUGAUCGUGGUGUAGAAACGCAUAUGUUUGCCGCACAAUGGUUUCUAACUCUAUUUACUGCUAGAUUUCCAUUAUAUCUUGUCUUUCAUAUCUUGGACGUAUUUCUUUUACAAGGACUCGACACGUUAUUCCAAGUCGCCCUUGCUUUGUUGAUGCUUUGUAAAAAAGAGUUAUUACAAUUAGAUUUUGAGAGCAUAUUGAAAUACUUCCGGGUGCACUUACCAAAACGUUGCCGAAACGAAGAAGUUGCACGCUAUGUUAUGAAGUUAGCUUGUUCAGUGACGUUAAAGAAACUGAAGAAAUAUGAAGCAGAAUUUAUGACAUUGAAAGAAGCACAGGAAAAUGCUGACGAAUACAGUAAUGAAGUGGAGCAAUUACGCGGUACAGUGGCCAGAAAUGAAGAAGAAAAGCAAAGAUUGGAGGCAGAACUGCUGCAAAUUAAGGAGAUGUUACAGCGUGAGGUAGCUCGAGCAGACGCUGAAAGCCGCAGAAGCAAUGUAAUUAUAGCCGAAUACAAGCAGAUCUGCCAGCGUUUGGAGGACGAUUACAACGCCGCGAAAACAACAUUGAGCGAGUUACGGGCAAAGGUUUCGAAAUGCGAAAAAUGUAGGACAUGUAUAAUGGACUCAUCAAACAUAUUGGCGGAUAUCGCACAUCCUUUGGAGAAUCGAAUAGAUCCCAUGCUUCAUAGGGUGCAGGAAAGAGUACGUGAGUUGGAGCUAGAGUUAGCGCAGACAAAAUUAGCGCAUGUCGAGGCCGAAUGCCGGAAUCAGUAUCUGACACAUGAAUUGCACGCCACCGCUUCAGAGCUGCAAGCCGCGCGAAAUAGUUGGCCGUGGCUCAGCAAAACCUUGUCCAGUAUAAAGGAAGCGGCAAAUAAGAGAGAAGCGAUGGCUCCAACCGCGCUAAGAGAUCUGAGACGCGACAGUGCGCCUGGAGGUGAUCUGCACCAUCUAAUACAUUCUCGUGGCCGUGAAACGCGCGAUAGUCUCAAGGAAGUUGUGUGAUGCAACAAAAUGCCAUUAGGAGAAGAAUACGUACAUCUCGGAGUCAUGCGCCGGGCACGAAUAUGUGAACAUAAUGUAUGUUCGUAGUUAUUUAAUGUACUGUUAUUUGUUAACUUGAUAUAUUCUUUGUCACGCUCCCCAAUUGAAUUGCGUAUCAAAUGCUUUUGAUCAGGUAGCCCCAUUUACAUAACAGCUGAUAUUAUAUUGAAAAUCAUUGUUAUAAAUUUUGUUACGUUUUUAAAAGUAGAUUUGUUUCUGUGAUUUUUUUCUUUUUUUCGACACGCGUAUAUAAACGCUUAUAGUAUUUUUUACAUUUAUUCUUUUUUCUUUCUUUUAUUUUACCUAUAUCAAUAUGUGUAAAUGUUGUGCUCGAUAUAAAAAUUUACAUAACACCACGCGGGUUACUAACGAAGAAAAAUCGAAAAAGAAUUACAUUACGUACGUAAACACGAUAAAUUAUUUACAAUAAUAGAAAAUAAAAGUAAGUACAUAUGCCACGUUUUGUAUGAAACUAGUCUAAGCAUGAAAGGGAGAAAAUGCUAUAGAGACUUUUAUCUAUACGUACAGUAAUUUUCGAGUAACAAUAGUCAUGACAAUUCUACUGAACAAAUGCGUGAUUACGAAAAUCAGAAUUUACAUAACAGAGGUAAUUGUUUUAUUUACUUUUCUAUUAACUGAUUUUCCAUUAUCUAAUUUUAUCUGAAUUAAUAUAACAUUCCAAAAUAGUGCGAAUGCGUUUUCUUCCAUGUAUCUUUAUUAUUAAGCCCACUAUAUUCUGCAAUGACUUCAAUUCAACUGACGUAAUUGAUAGUUACAUACGUAUAUAUAGUCUUGACAGUUCUACUGACACAAUAUUUCGAUAAUUCUACUAAUUCUAUACAUUAGGUUUGAUAUUAAAAUCUUUCACUAUUUUAGUUUUAUAUAUACUUUUGUCACACUGAUAAACACGCGAAACGUAUAUUUUAAUUUCCCAUUUAACCAUAAAAAAUGGGAUAUUAAUCAUAAAAAUGUAGCAGAAUAGAUACACAUGUAAAUUACACGGUAGUUGCGAGAUAUUUAUAAUACUGUUUAGUUACAUAAUUUGCACUUUGUUUUGAUAAAAUUUGUAGUAAGACGAAUGUUACUAAAAGCCAUAGAUUAUGGUAUUAAGGCACUACUUAAAAAUGCAAUUCCAUUGAUGUGUAAUUUUGUCUAGUAUUAUAAGAUGUUUCAACAAUAAAUUUGCUAUACACUUAUAGCACAUUUCUUGACUAUCAAACUUAGCUUCGUAAGUCGUGCCAUUUACUUAUAUAUAAGUGUGAUAUAUUUAUUUAUACAGAUUCACAAGAAAGAAUUAA